GGGAGGAGAGGUGCCCAGCGCCACCGACCCGCGCUGCUGCUGGCCUCGGCCCCACCCCCGCGGUGGGUCCCAGCCCUGCCUGUCCCGGCCAGUGCUGGGAGAGCCGGCGCUUGCGGCUGCGGGCGGUGCGACGCAGUGGGCCCAGCCCCGGCUCGGAGCGGACAGGGAGAGUGGACCUCAGGUCAGACCCGCGGCCCCUCACCCGGGGCCUGGGGAUUCCCCCGGCCGGGCCCUCCUGUCGCUACCACCCCUAGCCUCUCCCGCUGAGCUCUGCGCCCCAGAGAGGAUUAAGAUCCAGGGAAGCAGGGAGCUCCCUUUGUCCAAGGAGGCGGCCAGCCGCAUGGGCAGUGGGGCCACCCACUGGGACAGUCCCGAUGUCGGAAGCGAGUGAGCAGGCUGGCUGACCACAGGUGGUCCCGCAGCAUCGGCAUGAACUCCAGGACCCUGUCCGCUAGGGGCUGGUUCAGCACCCGCCCGUCCACCCCCGAGCCCAACCUCGAGCCUGCCACGGACGGGCCGGCCUCUGCCACCACCACCCUCAGCCCAGAAGCCACCAGCUUUAAUGGCACCAGAAUGCCAGACGUGGGUAGCGGCACAGCCGGCGUGGGCACCAUGCUUCUGUCCUUCGGGAUCAUCACGGUGAUUGGCCUGGCCGUGGCCAUGGUCUUGUACAUCAGGAAGAAGAAGAGGCUGGAGAAGCUGCGCCACCAGCUCAUGCCCAUGUACAACUUCGACCCCACGGAGGAACAAGACGAGCUGGAGCAGGAGCUGCUGGAGCACGGGCGGGACGCGGCCUCCGCGCUGGCUCUGCACGGCAAGACCACGCUCCCGUCUCAGGGCCCCCUGCAGAGGCCCAGCCGGCUGGUGUUCACUGACGUGGCCAACGCCGUCCAUGCGUGAGCGGCCCGGGGACAGGCCUGGACCCCUGGUGAAGACACCGGCCUCCGCGGCGGCCUGCUCUCGGGACCUACCCUGCCGAGGCCCCUGCUGACCUGCGGGCCCACCUGCCGCCUCUCCGGGCUGGGCAUCUGGCCACCGGCGUCCCCUGACGUGAGGGUCCCAGCGUGGAGGACACCCCUCCUCCCAAGAAGGCUGAGAGCCACUGCCGGCUUCCUCGUGUGCUGCCCAGACCCCUCGCAUCAGGGCCUGCCCCCGUGGUGCGGGGGCGGGGGGGUGGGGAGUGGGGGAGACGCCUGUCUUUGGAAUCUGGAGCCUCCUCUGGGGCCGGAGAGGCGACCACCUGGCCUCGGGGACAGGGUAUGGCGGUGCCCAGGGUGUAGCCGAAGCUGCCCCACGCAGGGGCAGCGGCACUGAGGAGGGCUACUGGUAGCCAGAGUCGGCUCAUGGUGCAGCGUCCAGGGGGUCUCCCCACCGCCCCUUCCCGGCGGCCAGCCAGUGGCCAGGCCUAAAUGGGGAUGGCAGCCGAGGGGGAAGGACAGUGGGGGGACAGGCGAGGAAGCCGGGGCACAGGCGGGGCCCAGACCUGCGGAAAGGCCUCCUGCACGUGCACGGGCCUGCCCACGCACAGCCGUGCGCCCGUCCCAGCACCGGGGCCCAGAUGCAGACCCUCUGCCCCGGCGCCACCCUCGAGUUGCCCAGCACCCCAGGGUGUGUGGAGGAGCGUGGGGUGCGGCCCCUUCUUCCUUCAGUGUCCAGGGGCUGAGGGAGAGGAGAGGGAAGGGGGAGGGUGCCGCUGCCCCCCACCCGUCGGCACUGGGCUCCAAGAGCCAGGGAACCUGCUUCUGCCGCCGGUUCCCUGUCUUGCCACAGCAAGGGGGGCUGGGGGGGGGCACUGGGCUGAGAGCUGAGGCCGCAGGCCGUGGGCUGGUGGGGGGUGUUCUGACAGCCUGAGGUGGGUGAGGUGGGGAUCACCUCUUGGGUAACCUGGUCUGUUUUCUGAUCAUAGCACCCCCCCACCCCCCCAUUCCUCUCAGGAACCCUACCAGUCUGGGGGGUGUUGGCGAGGCACUGG